AUGGACAGCUGGGGAUAUGGUGACCUGUGGACGCGGGCUAAUGCCGACGGCGUGACGACGGGCGGCGGCAAUGGCGUGGGGGAUUCAUUACGAGGCCCCUUCAAGGCUACGAGCAACUCGACGUCGGCCAUCGUCAACCAGUUCCGUUUCCAGGCCGCGAAAUCGAUUCGAACCUCGACCAUCAUCCUCGCUGUUUUCAACGUCGUCGCUGCCUUCGCCACAGCAAUCGGGAUCUUCUGGGACGGAUAUGCAACGGCCAAGAGGAACAACCAAAAGUUCGGCUUCAGAACACAUGGUUUCACAUUUGUUGGACCUGCCGAGUCCUUUCCGCUGAUCCUGUCUGUCGGAAUUGUCGUCCAGGGCAUCGUCUUCGCUGUUGCACAGUCGACUGGACUCGACCACCUUUUGACCCUGGGGUGCACCAUCACCUCCCAGAUGAUGCUGCCCGCGGUCUUUAUUGUUCCUUAUAUUCAAUUAGUAUUCGCCCUGGAGGUGGCCUUCCGGUCUCUGCGAAAGAACCCGCUGCCGCCUCGCAGCAAGUGGAACGUCACGAUUUGCCUCGCCAUCGUCGGCACUUUCCUUCUUGCCACCUAUCUCGUUACUCUCUUUGUCCGCCCUCCCAAUUUCUGCUUCGCCUCGCUCUUCUGGUUCGUCCAGCGCUGGAAGGAGGGAUGUUUCGUCCUGCUUACCUUCAUCUCGGUGGCACUGCUUGCCUCGACUCUUAUCAUUUUCUUCCGCCUCCAUAACAAUGCCAAGAUAGAGAACAGCGAACGUGUCGCCGCCUCCAGGAUGGUCUACUUCCUGGCGGUCGCCUUCAUUUCGACUACUCUUCUCGUCCCCUUCUUCUUCAACCUUUCCUUUACGGAACAGCGGGGCGCCACGGGACAGUCCCUUACGCUAUCCAUGAUCGCCUCUGUUGUCGCCAACGUGUCUGGCUUAAUGACUGGCGGCUUGCACCUAUUCUUGCGAUCAAAUACCCUCUCCACUAUCGGCCCCCGCCAGAGUGGAAAGUGGGAGUCGGAUCGUAAGAAGCUCAAGGCCGGAAUUCGGGUCUAUAAUGGUGACGAUGAAUACGAAAACCACAUGAUGAAUCCCGUCGGCCAGGCACGAUCCCUUCGACGGAUGGACAGCACCGAUAGCCUAGUGCCUGAGAAGGAGGAAGAGGCACGCAUUGAAAGCCCCUCCGGCUCACCCACCUACGCGAACCCUCUCCGAUCAAAUGCCGUCUGGCAGCCGGCUCGUUCUCCUGUGAAGACACCCGAGCCCGCCCAGGUCUCAACCUACCAGGUCCCCAAAGCCCACGCUCGCAAGAGAUCAUACUCCUUGUUUCCAUCCGAACAACAGAACAACAACACCAAGUCGAUCACCUUGCUUCCGGCCAAGACAUACGCCCCCGGUGCAAGGAUCCCUGACGAGGAUGAGAUGAUGCUUCUCAGACCUCCUCCAUCAAUGCACCCUCAGGGCUUCCGCCAUCGUCGCGAUUCUUCCCUCGCUUCGUCGGCCACUGUGCAGAUCGGCCUUCGUCUAUCAAACGUCGAUGACAUGCCGCCUCUUGACUCGCACUACUUCCAGAACAACGCCAGCGUCAACAGUCUGAGCUGCCCUGACGACAGGGACGUCGAGCCCUCCAAGCGGCCCAGUCCCUUGGCGCAGGUCGAUGUUGCCAGCGACAGCGGGUCGUCUGACUCGGAGGAGGAUGGAACCUUGGUGUCAUCGCCCAUCCGUCGCGAGAAGGAUCUGCGGAUGAGGGCUCUCCCGUCUGUUCCCAGGGUCACCGUGCCUAGGCAGUCGCAGCUGCAAGAGCAAGAGCCGGAGCAGCUCACCCUCAGCCCGGCGGUCUACCGACCCGAAAGCCCACAGAAGACCAGAGUCACUAGCCCUCAGGGCGUUGGCUUCAACACUCCCGCGCAGCGCAAGAAGGCGCCUAUCAAGUGCACCAAGCAGAAUUGCCAAUGUUCUGGUCAGCACGACAAGCGCGACUGGAUCUGA